AUGGCCAUGAAACAAUAUUAUAUGCUCCGAGGACAGGAGCUGGAAGAGGACGAAUACCCCCUUAAUAAUAGUCGUUCGGCCAGGGGAAAAGGACACUGGAUACAGCGGGAGAACCAAUACCAUAAGUUACUGCGAGCGAGGACCGACGGCCAUUCACCAACGACAGAGUCUUCGUCCCGUAACCCAGAGUUUAAGUUGUGGGGAGGCGAAGAACUAUUCGAUCAAGGCGGAUCAGCGUGGCUAGAUAGAUCAAAGGUGUUUCGAACAACACAGAAAGAAGAUGUGGGUUAUGUUGGAAGUAUAUUCUGUCGCACAGAUUGCUGGUUGGAAAGCGGGGAGGACGGGAGCGUUGACAAAGAGCGGAUGUUGCGCACAAGAGGCACAGCGCCAUUCAAACGACUAGCAGAAUGGGGCCUAAGAUGA